AUGCCGUUUACUCAGGAACAAUUACAAUAUAGAAAUUGGCUGAAAAGUUUCGUUCUCGAAUACAAAGAACCAGAGCAACCACCGUCAACGAUUGUUUGUAACACGUUCUUAGCGCCGUCCGUCGAUUUGGCCAAAUGUGCUCUUCAACAAUACAUCAUGUCACUUCCGCGAAGUUCACGACCACUAGAAAUUGUCGAUCCACGAGACCUCGAGCGAAUGUCGACGACAACGUCGGAAACAUCUCAAUCGCAUGAUAAUGUGAGCGAAACGACAUGUACGUCGAGCUCAGCUUCUGACGAUGCUGGUCCGGUCGUGGAAGCGCCAAUCGAUGGAUUGUCUGCAUUGACGUUAUCGGAGAAAAGUGAAACAGAAUCGUCUGAGGUGGGUCUACAGACAGUAUUUUUUCUAUAUUCCGAAGUUGUCUGAAU